AUGGCAGAGUUUGGACCUAUGACAUUAUUUGCUUCAGAGGUUAAACAUAAUACCUACAACAAUCCAAAUUCCACAUCAUUUGCUUCAGAGAUGAAAUAUAAUAUCUCCGACAAUCCAAACUGGACUGACUUUGAAAAUUUUCAAAUUCAAAAUAGUCCAAAUUUUACUGAGAUGAUCAUCUUUAACAUCAUUAUUUUGACCCUCUGCUUUUUGGGACUUCUAGGGAAUGGAAAAGUCAUCUGGAUUCUUGGUUUUCAUAUGAAAAGGAAUUCUUUCUCCAUCUACGUCUUGAAUUUGGCUGUGGCUGAUUCUGGUAUACUCAUAAUAUUGGUUUUGAUGCAAAUAUCCCAGAUUCUUAAUCAAAAUAAUUUUAAUUUUAUUUUCCUCCUCCUUUAUUUUGUGUUAUACAAUACUAGUCAACUUUUACUCAUAAGCAUCAGUGUGGACCGCUGUGUAUCUGUGCUUUUUCCAAUUUGGCAUCAAUGCCAUCGGCCACCCAAAUUAUCCCUCAUUGUGUGUGCUAUCACUUGGGUUCUGCCCAUUGUGUAUUUUGCCUUGGAAAUGAUAGUUAUAUUUUCCGAACCUUUCCUAUUGUUUCAGCUAGUUUUCAAUGGUCUGGUUUCUUACCCACUGGUGGUCAUUUCUACUCUGAUCCUGCUUGUUAAAAUUUUCUUUAAACAGUACCAGCAAAAGCGGAAAAAAGUGUUGAUGGUAACCUCACUUGCUCUCAUGUGCUUCAUUGUAUUUUGUUUGCCUCUGAGCAUACUUUCCAUUAUUAUUUACAGUAUACUAAAAAUCAAUGAUUUAAAUUCACUAGUUGAUACCCUGCUUGCGAUUUCACUAAUAGAAAUUAAAUCGAUGGUGGACUUUAUUUUAACGAAUGCAUAUAUUAUUCAUCCCUGGAUUCAGUCUAUAAUUAUUCUUGCAUUGCUAUCUAACAUCUGUAUCGCAAUAAACAGCAGCAUCAAUCCAAUCCUUUAUUUUCUGGCUGGGAGAAAUAAAGAACGAUCCAGAGUAUCCAUGAAACUUGCGCUCCACAGGCUGCUCAGAAAUGAAGAAGAGUUCAAUAAGAGAAACGGAAGUUAG